GAGUCAAGAGGCAUAAUGGUCGACCUUGCGACGGCUUGGCUGGUGCUGGUCGUCAUAAUGGUGUCACCUGCCGCGACGGACGCUCAUGUGCACGGCCCCAACAGCACGGAAGGCGAAACACUUCACACCCACGGCACUUUACACGACCCCCACGACCACCCGAUAUUCCUUCCUAAACGACCACAACACAUGAGCCGCAACUGUUAUGACCUGUACAAACGGGGAUUCCUGUUAACUGGUCUGUACAACAUCUACCCUUACGACUGCUGCCCCGAGCGUCCCGUUCUCGUCUUGUGUGAUAUGGUUACUGACGGAGGAGGCUGGACCGUCAUCCAGCACCGCCACCAACAACCCAGGAUUGACUUCUACCGCACCUGGAUGGAAUACGCCCUCGGUUUUGGUGACUUGGCAGAAGGGGAGUUUUGGCUCGGCCUCGACCACAUCCACGCGCUCACUAACCAGGAGGCCAACGAAAUCCGCUUUGAUCUGGAAGACUUCGACGGUCAAACUCGCUGGGCCAAGUACACCUUCUUCUACGUUCACGACCGAAACAACGACUACAAACUGGAGGUGAACGGCUACAUGGGAGAUGCUGGAGACUCCUUUAGCACUCACGGUGGUCAGAGAUUCUCAGCGAAGGACAAAGACUUCGGCAAAGCGAAAUACAACUGUUCUGUGAAGUACAAGGGGGCCUGGUGGUAUGAGAAGUGUCACAAAUCCAACCUGAAUGGAUUGUAUCUGUCUGGCCCUCACGCCUCGUACGCUGACGGGAUUAACUGGAAGAGCUGGCGGGGUUACCACUACUCACUCAGAACCACAGCCAUGAUGAUACGACCAGUUGGUACUCAUGAGUAACCUGUCCAAUCUGGCACUGACUCACCUGCCGACCUGUCCAAUCUGGCACUGACUCCCCUGCCGACCUGUCCAAUCUGGCACUAACUCACCUGCCGACCUGUCCAAUCUGGCACGGACUCACCUGCCGACCUGUCCAACCUAAUACUGAUUCACCUGCCGACGUGACCAGCUUGGCACUGACUCACCUGCCGACGUGACCAGCUUGGCACUGACUCACCUGCCGACGUGACUAGCUUGGCACUGACCCACCUGCCGACGUGACUAGCUUGGCACUGACUCACCUGCCGACAUGACUAGCCUGGUACUGACUCACUAAAUUUACUAACUUUUACAUCGUUAAACAGGACGAGAAAAAAAUCUAAACGACAAAUUAUCUCACAAAAAAAUAUUCACAUUAUGUCUGGUUUGGUUUAAUGAUGUACAGUGUGUAUACGAGACCGAGAACGAAAUCCUAAAGGAGAUCUUUCAUAAUUUGAAUAUUUAUGGAUCAUCUUAAGAUUAUUCUCCCAUCUAAUGAUUAACCAGCUUAACCAGAAACUAUCUAAAGCUGAUACCCCAAAAAGCUUAAAUUGCCAAUGAUUUCGAUCUAGUUCUCGUUUACUGGUGAGGUUUUUGCCGUUCAAGAAGUCUAGCCGAUGUAGACUUUCAAUUAGUGCUGAAUCAAAUGUCAUUAACCCAAAUA